CCGGUCACGACUGGUGCCUCUGCGCGCGGGGAACCGACGCGAAGAUGCCGUGAUCCAGGACACAUCCACGGUCCAACUACAACCACCGCCACCUACCGCCACCUACCGACCCCCCUCUGCGUCUCACCGUCUCCCACCUGUGCCAACAACAAACCAGCCUUUACCUCCCCAAACCAUCACCCUCAUCCUCACGAGCCCACCGCGAUGCAAACGGGAGCGGAGAGCGACAUCACCAGCAGCGGUACCUCCACCUCCACCAGCACCUCCACCAGCUCCACCGCUACGAGCUCCGCGGAAGACACGGAGGGGGCAGCGGGCAGGAUGGACACUUCCAGGACGGUGCCAAGUGAGCAAUCGGAAAGCAGCAGUAGCCAGCAGCACCAGCGAGCCCCGCAGACGUCCUCGGCAUCGGCAUCGUACGGCGUUCUCGAUAAACUGUUUGGGAAGCGUCUGCUGCAGGCUCGUCAUUACAUCAUGUCCCGUAAGUCCUGGCUCAAGAUGGUGCCCACCGAGAACUGUGACAUCCUCAUGACCUUCCCAGAUAGUAUUGACGACCACACACUGCUGUGGCUGUUGAAUCAGAUCCGAGUGGGCGUCCCUCAGGUCAACAUCCAGGUCCGGCAGCACAAGCACACGCAGGCCAACGCCUUCUUCAUUACCACCUCCUUUGAGAACCUGCUGAGAGGGGCGGAGCAGAUGGGGAUGCACAAGGCCGUCAAGCCCCAAUUUGGAGGAGGCAUGAGGCGCUUCUCUUGUGACGAAGACAACAUCUACGAGAACAUCGACAGUGAGCUCUGCUUCUUCACCUCACAGGAGCGUCAAAGCAUCAUUAAAUACUGGCUGGACAACCUGAGAGCCAAGCAGGGGGAGGUGCUUCACAACAUCAACUUCCUGGAGGGACAGCCAAUCAUUCCAGAGCUGGUGGCCAGAGGAGUGAUCCAUCAGAUGUUCCCUCUUCAUGAACAGAGGAUCCUGAACCAGCUCAUGACCUCCUGGGUCCAAGCGGUGUGUGAGCGUCAGCCUUUAGAUGACAUCUGUGACUACUUUGGGGUGAAGAUCUCCAUGUAUUUUGCCUGGUUGGGCUUCUACACCAACUCCAUGCUGUACCCUGCGGUCAUCGGCUUCCUGCUGUGGAUCCUGGCCGAGGCUGAUCAGACGAGUCAGGACAUCUGCUGCGUCGUCUUCGCUCUGUUUAAUGUGGUGUGGGCCACGUUGUUCCUGGAGAGGUGGAAGAGGAGAGAGGCAGAGUUGGCCUACAGGUGGGGGACUCUGGACACCCCCGCAGAGUCACUGGAGGAGCCACGGCCGCAGUUCAGAGGGGUGAAGCGCUGCAGCCCCAUCACAGGCUGUGAGGAGUUUUAUUACCCCCCCUGGAAGAGGGCGCUGUUCCAGUGGCUGGUCAGCCUCCCCGUCUGCCUCCUCUGCCUCUGCUUUGUCUUCCUCGCCAUGCUGCUCUGUCUGGAGCUACAGGAGGUAGUGAUGGAGAUCCAGGAGCUGCCCAGCAUCACCAGAUUUAUCCCCAAAAUCCUGCUGGCCAUCACUGUGACCAUCUGUGACGAGGUGUACAAGAAGAUCGCCUACUGGCUCAACGACAUGGAGAACUACAGACUCCAGAGUGCCUACGAGAACAAUCUUAUCAUCAAGAUGGUUUUUUUUGAAUUCAUCAACUCAUACCUGAGCCUUUUUUACAUCGCCUUCUACCUCAAGGACAUGGAGCGACUCAAAGAGAUGCUGGCCACGCUCCUGAUCUUCCGCCAGUUUCUCCAGAACAUUAAGGAGGUUCUGCAGCCGUACCUGUACGAGCAGAACAAGCUGGGCGUCUUCACCCCCAAGGUGCUGUGGGAGCUGCUCCAGGCCAUCGGACUCAAGUACGGCCGCCUGGUGCUAGGAAAGGCCCAGGCUUCCAUCACGGCCUACUCCUUCCUGGGCCCCAGAGGCAUCAGCGUCAACCACAGCGAGGCCCCAAAGCGCCGCGGAGAUCUCAAGGCCGGGUUCAGACUGUCCGAGGAGGAGUGGGACCUGACGGAGAACGCGCUGAAGAACAGAAAGGUGAGCUUCACAGAGAGAGUGGACUACCAGAGCGCCAGAGCAGAGGGGCGCGGGGCCGAGGACGAGCCCAGGGAGGACAGCCCGACUCUGGGGGACGAGGUCAUGGACGCAGCCUGUAUGUCCGACAGCUGUGAUGACGACAGCGACGGAGAAGCAGCUGCUCAGGAGACCAAGGAGAAUGCCACAGCGUCCAAGGGCUCAGAUCCAGUUUGUCAUAAGAGGAAAAACACAGCCGACAAAGGAGAGAAGAAGUCCUGGAUGGACCCUCCAGAGGAACCCAAGACUGUGACCCUGACCCAGGCCGAGAUCGAGAGCUGCAUGCAGACGUACGAGGACACUCUGCAGGACUACCAGGAGAUGUUUAUCCAGUUUGGGUACGUGGUCCUGUUCUCCUCGGCGUUCCCAUUGGCCGCCAUGUGCGCCCUCGUCAACAACAUCAUCGAGAUCCGCUCUGACGCUCUGAAGCUCUGCACGGGGCUCCAGAGGCCCUUCGGACAGAGGGUGGAGAACAUUGGGCAGUGGCAGACAGCGAUGGAGGCCAUGGGUCUGAUCGCCAUUAUAGUGAACUGUUACCUGAUUGGUCAGUGUGGGCAGCUGCAGAGGCUCUUCCCAUGGCUCAGCCCCGAGAUGACCAUCAUCUCCAUUGUCCUGCUCGAGCACUUUGCCAUCCUGCUAAAGUACGUGAUCCAUGUGGCCAUCCCGGAUAUCCCGGGCUGGGUGGCAGACGAGAUGGCCAAGCUGGAAUAUCGACGCAGAGAGGCCUUCAAGAAACACGAGCUCCAGGCCCAGCAGCACUUCCAGCAGCAGCUCCGACGACGCCGCGAGGAGGAAGAGCUUCAACGGCAGGCGGAACUCCAGGCCGAAGCCCGCGCCCACGACCCCGACUGCCCCCGAAACGACUCCUCUCACCCCCACCACCACGACAAGAGCACGGGGGGCAAGUCCGGAGACAAGCCCAAGAGACCCAGCUCCCUCCUGGGCAACAACAACGUCAUGAAACUCAAACAGAUCAUCCCGCUGCAGGGCAAGUUCUCCUCCAGCGGCUCCAAGUCUCCCGCCCAGUCGCCCACGGGAGGAGAGGCGAAGCUCCCGGGGUUUUUGAAGUUCCUAAAAUCUCCAGAAGUGAAGAAAGAGCCAGCGGUAGCAUCAUCAACGGCAACAGCGACGGGGGCGUGUCCAAGCUCCUCGUCCAGUUCCACAUUUCCUUCGUCCAGCCAGGAGAGGUCGCAGUCUCCCAACAGGACAUUUAGCCCGGGGAAACUGUUCAGCUUUAGCAAGUCCGAGGGGAGCGUGGUGUGCGCGAACGGGGGCGCGCAGGGGCAGGGCCAGACUCAAGAGGAGCUGCCGUCCAACGAGUCGGACAGAGGAGCAGACACAGACAGCACGGGGACUAAGAGUUAAUAGAAGCUUGUAUGUAAGAGACGCUCGGGAUGCAAACGCUGCGCACAAACUCAUCCUCACCACAAACACAGACAGAGCAGAAGAUGGGGCACUGUCAGUAGUUUUGAACGUUUGGAGACAUAAAGGUGCACUGUGUCACUUUUCUGGUGGGGGAAUCUGACACCAACUUAACUCCAUGUAGAAGUGAACGCAUGAUUUCAUAGAAUGUUCCACGAACAAAGCCAAAGAUUACAUGUGACUUCAAAAUAACUUUACUCAAAUUGGUGGUACAAGAGAAAAUAUUUGGGAAAACUACUACUACUACUACUACUACUACUACUACUACUACUACUACUACUAAGAGUAACUUAAAAAGUAACUGUCAGAGCGUGCUACCUUCAUUAAAAUUUAAAGUGCAUGUAAUUGAAGGAACAAACACAUGCACAAAUAACUUUAAGUGUAUCUUGCGUUUAUUAAUUGCAAAAUUUCAUACAUUUUGUUGGCAACAAAAGGGUAGCUUCUCCAUAAAUCUGACUUGUAAAUAAGCAUGAUGGUGAAACCUCGCCAGAAAAAGUUACAUAUUACACCUUUAAAGGGACAGUCAGAAUUUUGGACAUAGGGCCUCAUUUUCUAGUGAUCCAGAGUGUUGGAGACGUGUGGAGACACUUUUUGAAAUCUUCCAUCCAGUCCUUGUAUUUGCAGAGGUCACUGGUGUUAGACUAGUGCAUGUCAAUGGUCAUAGUUCUCCUGCCUCUAAAAACAGUCUUACCCACUCCACAAAACACACCAAACAAAUCUAUUAUUACACCAGACUGUCCAUGUAUGUGGCCAUACCUGUUGGUCAAAGUCUGAUCCCGGCAGAGCUCAGUGGUCUGGUUAGUACUUGGAUGGAGACACUGGGAAAAUCAGGAGCCACCAGGGGGCACCAGUCGUAAAAACGGUCAUUGUGUCCUUAGGCAAGACACUUCACCCUCAGUGCUUAGUAUGAAAGUGGUGUGUGUGUGUGUGAUGGUGGUGGUCAGAGGGACCUGUAGUAGUAGUAGUAGUUUACCACGACCAGGUCUGGAGUGAAUGAAUAAUGCUCUGUAAAGUCUUUGAGUGUCCAAAAAAGCGCUAUAUAAAACUGAGGCAUUAUUAAAUGUCAAUGUGUCGAUAGAAUAAUGUUUGAAAUAAAACUAACCUUGCAUCACAUGAAUCAUCGCAUGUUGAGGGACUAUUUUCUCAGCAACAGUUAAAUUUUACUUUGCCAGUAAGAUAGGUUUUGGGUGAUAUCAGUCCACCGCUGCUGAGAUUUCUAUCAGGAAGAACAACUCACUGCUGCUGCUCACACACAAAUCCUUCAAAUGCAAGAUUGGUUUUACUUCUGAAAUGAUUCUAUCGACAGAUCGAUUUGUUUCGGGUGGUUUGUGUUUAGUGUCACACUUUUUCAAUCAUUUCUAUUUCUUCAUCUGUGUUAUUAAAUGUUUUACUUGAUCAUAGAGAGUUACUUUGGAAAAUUGUAAUAACAAAAACUAACAUUUAACACAAUUUGCAGUGCUGAUUUGGAAAUGGUCAUGUUUUUGUUUAAAGACUUAAAGACGAACCAAAUGUACUACAGCCUUGGUUUUAGGUUUUACUUCUAAAAUGAUUCUAUCAACACAGACCUGCACAUGGACAGUCUGGUGUAAUAAUAGAUU